AUGGGGGACCGUUUUGUUAUAUGGCGUGCCAUUAGUGAGUUYACAAUUUGUGUUAAGCUAUCAGCUCGAAAUCCACAACCGAUAAUGGCAGAUCUGCCUGAUGUCAGAGUUCAACAAUGCCAUCCCUUUUCAUGUGUAGGCAUAGAUUAUGCAGGUCCUCUUCUCAUGAAGGAGACAAGUUUACGAAAGGUGCCUCAAAAAAAUUGUUUGAUCUUGUCAAUAACCCAAAAAACCGCRAGUAGUUGUGCUCUGCCUUUGUUUGUUCUUGGCAUUUUAACCCCUCCCCCCAGUGCUCCUCAUUUUGGAGGGCUCAGGGAGUCAGCAGUACGUUCUACAAAACUUUUAUUAGUGCGGGUGAUUGGCAAUCAAGUGUUGUAUCGAGUAGAAUCAGCAUUUAAUUCUAGACCACUCACUCCCGCCUCUAAUGAUCCAAAUGACUUAGACUGUCUCUCGCCUGUUCAUUUUUUGACCGGUCGUCCCUUAUGUGCAGUGCCUGAAGAGGAGGUUCCUGUCAGUUCAACAAACCUUAAAAACCAUUGGAAGUUCCUUCAUCAGGUCUUUCAGGCAUUUUGGCGCCACUGGUCAAACGAAUAUUUACACACUCUCCAGAACAAAGGACGGUGGCUGGUUAACCAGGAAAAUGUUAAAAUGGGAGAGUUAGUGAUUAUUAAGGAUAACAAAUCAUCCCCAUUGGAAUGGAAGUUGGGUGGGGUUCAUGAGCUUAUUCCAGGUCAGGAUGGAGUUGUAAGGGUGGUAAAAUUGUUAACUCAGCAAGGCCUUAUUACUAAGUUAGUUCCACUUCCUACACAAUAA